AACGACAGGUGCUUAUGCAUUUUAUCCAGAAUUACAUUUACAUGUAGAUCAGCUUCGACACCAGUGUGGCUAAUGUAAUUUUAGAACCUUUCUUAAGGUUAUUUAAGUUAUUUCUUGGGUUUUUAAGUUUACAAACGUGCUGCAUGUGAAGGCAACUAACGUCAAUUGACGAGCAGCUGUUGGGUGCUCGCUAGCUUGGUGGCUCGCCCAGUCAAAUAGUUUAUGGCGUUUUAAAUGAAAUAUAUCCGUUAACUUGUGCUUUCAGUUGGUUUUCCCUCGAAGACAAAAGCUAAGCUAACAGAUAACGUCGAUUUAACCUGGUAACCUGAAUGGUUAAGCUAGCAAAGCAAAGUGUCCAAAGGGAGAGGCUAACAUGGCAGAGAGGGUGGCGGAGAUGGAGGAAGACAACAUUGGCGAUCUCCCAGCCGGAGAGGAUGACAACGACUCAGACAGAGACGAAGGUGACGAGCUGUUUGCUUGGAUGGUAAAUGACAAUAUGGACGAGGACGAGGAUGAUGAUGAUGAAGAAGUGGAGGAUGAACAGCCCCUGGACACUGAAGCAUCUGAAUCUUUUGAGUUGGAUACCCCAGCUGAACGCAGUGGUCACAUAGCAGUAGUUGACAGAAACAUCAUGUACGUGUGGGGUGGAUACAAGAAUGCUCAAAACCACGGAUUUUUUGACUUGUACCUGCCGAAAAACGAAAUCUGGACAUACAAUAUGGAGUCAGCAGUAUGGACAAAGCAUAUAGCUGGAGGUAACCUACACACAUCCAUGUCAGGCAGCUGUGGGGUGUGUGUUGACGGAGUCCUCUACCUAUUUGGCGGGCAUCACGCCAGGGGAAACACAAACAGGAUCUACCGCCUGCCCCUGAGAGCUCCCAGCCUCAUCUGGGAGGAAAUGAGGGAUCUGAAAGGACUUCCUCCAUCCUGCAAGGACAAGCUUGGCUGCUGGGUUCAAAAGAACAGACUUAUUUUCUUUGGGGGCUACGGCUACGCAGCAAAAGGGCCUUAUCGAGGGACUUUUGAAUACGAUGAAUCGUCCUCACAGUGGGACAGCCCUAGGCGAGGCUGGAACAACCACAUCCAUAUCUUGGACCUGGAAACAUCUACAUGGAGUCAGCCCAUCACCACGGGAAACACCCCAUCACCCAGAGCCGCUCAUGCUUGUGCCACAAUUGGUAACAGAGGCUACGUGUUUGGGGGACGAUACAAGAACUACAGACUAAAUGACCUGUACUACAUUGACCUGGACACGUGGGAGUGGCAUGAAAUGAGUGUUCCUCAGCAGGGUCCCGUAGGCCGGUCCUGGCAUUCAUUCACUCCUGUGUCACCAGACCACAUUUUCUUAUUUGGAGGUUUCACCACAGACAGACAGACACUGAGUGAUGCUUGGCUGUACUAUGUGAGCAAAAACGAAUGGAAGCCCUUCAAACACAGUCACGUAGAGAGGCCGAGGCUGUGGCACACAGCAUGCUCCGGUCCUGAUGGGGAAGUGUUUGUGUUCGGAGGGUGUGCCAACAACCUGUUGUCUCAUCAAAGAGCUGCACACAGCAAUGAGUUACUGGUUUUCAACGUUCAGCCCAAAUCACUAGUUCGGUUCUGUAUGGAGGCCGUUCUGCAGCACAGGGAGCGUUUGUCCAGUUACUGGGACUGCUUGCCUAAACACCUCCUGCACAGCCUCAAACUGAGAAUGGCCCGUGUCAACACACUGGGCUCAUAGGCUGAAAGGACGCAAUCGAUCCACUUCAGGGGAUGGCAGGCAAAGUUGUACGUAUGGAUGAGAUGAGCAGGUAGUCCUAUUAGAGUAGCGGAGUUUAAUGUGUGUGGACACUUGCAAAAAAAGAUCUCUAAGCAAUAGUGAACAGCUAUGGGGCUGCUGGAAAAAGGUCCUCACUGGCACACAAAAAGCUGUCAAUGAUCUUAUUGGUGAAGCUCUUGCAAAGCCAGUGGAACCUUUUAGUGAAGUAGUAGUGCAUGUGAUGCACAGCAUACGAGAGAGAGAGCGGGAGCCCCACACCACCUUUGAGUUAGUUUUUGUUCCGCACUCGUGGCUUAGCACAAUUACUAAGGACUCCAUUUAUCAUCUUCUGAAAAGCUAAAAUUUAGGAACAAUGUGAGAAAAUGCAUUGUGAGGCUGGUGGGGGUGGAAUAUUGUUCGGAGAGGGGCAGACCUUUGGGUGUAACUAAAAGUCAAAGGGAGACUUCCGAUCCUUUUAAAGUGAGUUUUCCCCUGUUCUUCAUCAAAAUUUUAAUCAACUUAAAAUAUGUUUCUGAUGUCUUAACAUAAAAUUCAAGGGUGUGAGGCCAAAACAGAUUUGUUUUAAUCAUGCUUUUUCUGGCAGGAGUCUGUUGCUCUAAUGGUUCCUAUAAUUUAACGUUUGGCACAAUAUUCAGUACAGAUGCUUACUAGACCUUGAAUAGUUCUGACAGACCUUAAAAACCUCAUGCUUUGUUGCCCAACACUUACCUACUCUCAAGCUUUGUGAGUGUGUAUAUACAUAUGAAUGCACACACACACAUAUACUUGAGUAAUUUAUAUUUGCGAGGGGCGUGUGGGUUCUUUGUUCUGAAAGUGGCUUUUAAAGCCUUUAAAUUGUCUUGAGUGGCUCCUGUAGCAUUUUAAUUUUAUUUUACCAACAAGUUAAAAUACUGUGAGUGUAUUGGAUGUUGAGUCACAUUGCACUGAACUGCCUCAUGUCAGUAGGGCUUUGUUUGUAUUUGCCAGGUUUGCACAAUGUUCAUGCGGUGUUUUUUUUUUAUUAUUGUAGAAGACAAUGCAUACUGUUAAUUUGUUCUAAAAGAAUAAAUACACAUACAAGAUGUGUUCAGUCCA